GCGUUGCUCGCGAACCACGACGUCCCCGCGGUGGUCGCCGCUUACCCUGAGAGCAUCGGCAUGCAGAAGAUGGACGACUUGGCCGUCCACCUUGACGCGCGCUCCGAGGACCAAGCUCGGUGCUACUCGAAUGUCACGAUGCUCUACAUGUUCUCGCUCCGCACAUUCGAGCGCUGCUCGGACUCCAUGUUUGGCCGCCUGUGCCGCGAGGCGAACAAGUGGACGAUGACUUUCUGCCAGGUUGACAAGAUCCGCGACUUGAAGCAGUCGCAGGCUGCGUCGCGCUCGAAGAGGACUCGCUUCGCGGAGAACCUCGUCCUCGAC